GUGCGCGCGCUGCUCUCUUUUAACUGUCUGCCGCUGUUGAGUGCGGAUGGUGUCGGGUCUGGAGGAGGGCCGGACAGCGAACUUUCUGCAGCUCCACUCGGGACUGGACGCACUGCUCAUGACAGGGCAGGACACGGCCGUGGUGCAGCCCGCAGACCGCAUGUAGGCCACCAGACAGACAAACAGACCGAGGCUCCGCGUGCUUGCUCUGCCUCGCGCUCCUGGCUGUCUUUGUUCGUCGCGUGCACAUCUCCCCUUCUGCAGCCCACAAUGGAGCCCUCAGACCGGGGACAGCGCUCCGAGGAUGAGACGGAGUACGAGGAUGAGGAGGUGGACCCCAGAAUACAGGGUGAGCUGGAGAAACUCAACCAGUCCACUGAUGACAUCAACAGAUGUGAGACGGAGCUGGAGGAUGCCCGUCAGAAGUUCCGCUCGGUGUUGGUGGAGGCCACAGUGAAGUUGGAUGAGCUGGUGAAGAAGAUCGGGAAGGCUGUAGAGGAGUCCAAACCCUACUGGGAGGCCCGCAGACUCGCUAGACAGGCCCAGCUGGAGGCUCAGAAAUCCACCCAGGACUUCCAGAGGGCCACAGAGGUGCUGAGGGCCGCCAAAGAGACCAUCUCCCUAGCCGAGCAGAGGCUACUGGAGGAGGACAACCGGCAGUUCGAUUCCGCCUGGCAGGAGAUGCUCAACCACGCCACGCAGAGGGUGAUGGAGGCAGAGCACACGAAGACGAGAAGUGAGCAGGUGCACAAAGAGACUGCAGCCAAAUACACAGCAGCCAUUGGACGGAUGAAACAGCUGGAGAAGAAACUCAAACGCACCAUCAACAAGUCCAAGCCCUACUUUGAGAUGAAGGCCAAGUUCUAUCUGCAGUUGGAGAACCUGAAGAAGACUGUGGAUGAGCGGCAGGCAAAGCUGUCCCAGGCCAAAGCCAACUACAAGAGCGCUCUGAGGAACCUGGAGAAGAUCUCUGAUGAGAUCCACGAGAGGAGGCGCAGCUCCAGCGUAGGGCUCCGGGGCCGAGGGGUGGGGGCUGAGGGGGACAGCGCCUCUGGGGACGACCUCUCCGUAUUCAAGAUGGAGUCCGAUGGCAUUUCCAUGACUUCAGACUGCUUUGACGACGAGCCCUGUGCAAGUGGCUCCAUGGUUUCUGAGGAGGAUUCUGUCUCCACCUGCAGCCUAGGCUCCUCCCCCAGCAGCAGCCCCCAGGACCUGUUGCUGUCCCCGUGCCCUUUCACCAGCGUGUCUUCGCCCUCCUCGGACUCCUCCUCUGACUGUAGCGCCUCCUCCCCAGCUCCGCUCUCUCGGCCCUGCAGUCUGGACCUCCCCAGCUCAGUGUCUCUUUCGGACUUCGGGCUCAUCUCUCCAGUGCUGGGGCCUCGUAGUGAGUGCAGUGGAGCGUCCUCUCCUGAGUGUGACCUGGAAAGAGGCGACCGGGCCGAAGGUGCAGAGGGCGAUCUGGACAAUGCUCCGAUCAGCAACAACAACAGUGGGACCCCCAACACCUCGAAAACAUUUAGCCUAGAGGCACGCUUUAGCUUCCUCAACCUACGGAGGCCCCGCGGGGACAAAAGUACAGACGACUGCUCUCAGAAAAGUGCAACGUCUGGGCAAACUGUAGGCUUGGUCAAAGGAGUCUGAUGGACCCGGGACCUAUUGAGUAGACUUUAAUUCAAAUUGUGCUAAGAUUCUUGUUCUCACAUGCCACACAAACGGACAGGUUCCUCUUGAUGAAUGAGAAAGCACUUGGACAGAGAAAGCACUUGGACAUGAACAAGAACAAGAUGGGUUCACGGUUGGAUUGUGCCCUUAUAAAACAGAAUUGCCGAUUUGACAAAAUGAAAAACAUUGCCACUAAUUGUAAUGUGCACACAGCAGUCUUGGGUAUUUUGAAUCAUAUGUUGGUGGUAUGACAUAUUUGGCAUAAGCUCCACAUAAGCUAACUUUUUGUCAAUAAGAUAUACAAGUCCUAUUAUUGCGAAUUGCUGUGAUAUCUUAAAAGUUUAUUCCUUGCUUUGAAAUAAAAUGGGGUGUAGUGGUGACAAAGUGGUUAGCUAUGUCUUAUAUUACAGGCUACCAAAGGAAUUUGGUGUUACCAGAUAGCAUAAGAGGCACUUGUAAUAAAACAUGACCUUAUGCUAAAUUAGUGUAUUAAAUAGACAGGUUGGAGUUAAUAUUUUUUCAUGUACGUUUUGUCCUGGCUAAUGCAGUUUUGGUGGUCAGACAUAUGCUCCAUAGUAUAAACUUGUAUGCUUUAUCUUCUCCUACUCUUUGUCUUCAUCGUUACUAUACUUCAACAGCAAGGAUAAUACUUCUAACUUCCAAGGCAAAAAAACAUAGAAUUAUUUUUGCAUCAGCACUUGUAAUGUAGCAAGCAUUGGAACACAUGACUUCUCCACAGCCACCUUAAAGAAACUAUUGUGUCCUGUUUAUUAUAUCUUUGUGAUAUGUUCCAUGUAAAUGUUUAAUUUCACAUCCGGUAAACAUUAAGGUCCCGUGCCAUGUUAGUAUUGUUUUCUACUUUGAACUGAAUGUUCUGAUUUUGUUGAAUGAAUUAAAUAAUAUGACCUAUUGCAAACAUGGUUUUCUUAUUUUAAAUUGAAUAUUAAAGAAAACGUAUGUGAC